GGUUGGUGGCUUGGCUCCCCGUUCUAUGCGAGGAAAAAAAAAGGUUGCUAGGAACUCACCCCGCCUUGUUUGAGAGAACUCCACACAUAUUCCACCACCACCACCACUCACACAUACACACGAUGGCCGCAACCCUCAAAUUCGACCACGCGCUCCCCGCCCUGUCUGGCGAGUGGACCGGCGGAGACUCCAACUUUGUCUCGCACGCAUCCAUCACGGCUGCUGUGGACCGGAAGCUGGAGCCUUUGGGGCCCCACUUCCUGGCUCAUGCUCGCAGAAAGCGUCAUUCCCGCACUUUCUCAGAGGACGAUAGAAUCCAGGCUUCCAAGAAGGUCAAGAAUGUCGAGGAGGAGGAUGCCGGCGAGAUCAGUGAGCCCGAGGACCCGUCCAUGCUCACGCGGGAUCCUAAGGACUGGAAGAACCAAGACCACUACGCCGUCCUCGGCCUGUCCAAGUACCGCUUCCGCGCCACCGACGAGCAGAUCAAGAAGGCGCACCGCCGCAAGGUGCUGAAGCACCACCCGGACAAGAAGGCAGCCAGCAGCUCCGGCGCGCAGCAGGACGACUCGUUCUUCAAGUGCAUCCAGAAGGCGAUGGAGAUCCUUUCUGACCCGGUCAAGCGCCGACAAUACGACAGUGUCGACGACAACGCGGAUGUCGACCCCCCCUCCAAGAAAGCCAAGGGCUCAUUCUACAAGCUGUGGGCGCCGGUCUUCGCGGCGGAAGGCCGCUUCUCGAAGAAGCAGCCGGUGCCCACACUCGGCAACGAAAAGUCGGCGCGCGAGCAAGUCGACGAGUUCUACAACUUCUUCUACAACUUCGAUUCGUGGCGCACGUUCGAGUACCUGGACGAGGACGUGCCCGACGACAACGAGAACCGCGACCAGAAGCGCCACGUCGAGCGCAAGAACAACGCCGCCCGCAAGAAGAGAAAGAACGAGGACAUUGCGCGCCUGCGCGAGCUCGUCGACAAAGGCCUGUCUCUCGACCCUCGCAUUAAGGUGUUCAAAGAGCAGGAGAAGGAGCGCCGCAACGCAAAGAAGAAUGCCCGCGAGGCCGAGGAGAAGCGCCUGGCUGAGGAGGCGGCGAAGAAGGCCGAGGAGGAUGCGAAGCGGAAGAUUGAGGAGGAGGCUGCCUCGAAGGCGAGCCGUGAGGCUGGAAAGAAGGCGAAGGAGGCUGCGAAGCAGGCUGUCAAGAAGAACCGUCGUGUCCUUAAGGCUUCCGUCAAGGACAACAACUACCUUGUUGUCGGCGACGCCACUCCUGCGGCUAUCGAUGGUGCGCUCAACGAUGUUGAGCUCAUCCAGAGCAAGGUCGACCCCGAUGAGUUGGCUGAGCUCGUUGCUAAGCUGAAUGUUAGCAAGGGCCCCGAGGCCGUCAAGGCUGUCUAUGUUGGUCAGGCGGAGGCGUUGGCUGCUAAGGGUGUCGUCAAGAAGGAGGAUUUCAGGGUUCUGUUUGCUUAGAUGUGGAGUGUCGAGAUCUUUGAUAAUCGAUUGAUUGGUGGUGCGGGGGAGUUCAAAAAUGGCUACCUACUUUAAAGUUUACUUCGGGGGUGACAAUAAACGUAUUGCUUCCGCAU